AUGGCGAAGAAAUCAACGGAAUCGGGUGUGGGCUCUAUCCUUGGCGACUUAUACGCCACAUACGACAAGACCACACCCAAAAAGAUGAAACUUAUUGACGGCUUUCUCGCCUAUGUGCUAACUACGGGCAUUCUUCAAUUUAUCUAUUGCCUCCUGGUCGGCAACUUUCCGUUUAAUUCUUUCCUUGCUGGAUUCGUUUGCACCGUUGGCGUCUUCGUGCUCGCAGUGUCACUUCGCAUGCAGAUUAAUCCCGACAAUAACUUUGGUGAUCGUACGGAGCAGCGCGCAUUUGCCGACUAUCUCUUUUGCAACAUCAUUCUUUUCCUCGUGCACGGCUUUCUCCACUUUCUACAACUUGCAUAA